UUACGCCCUCGCUGCGUCCGGUCUGCUGCAAAUCUCAGUAGAAGAAGAAGAAGGGCAGCCUCUCUCCAAGAUGGCGGCGACCAUAGAGAACAGUAAUGCUGGACAGGCGACAAAGAAAAAGCACCUCGGGAUCCCCGAAGCGGUGUUUGUGGAAGAUGUUGACUCUUUUAUGAAGCAGCCUGGCAAUGAGACAGCAGAUGCAGCACUGAGAAGGCUGGAUGAACAGUACCAGAAAUAUAAAUACAUGGAGCUCAAUCUGACUCAAAAGAAACUCAGGUUGAAAAACCAGAUCCCACAAAUAACACAGACGCUAGAAAUCCUACGACACAUGCAGAAGAAAAAGGAAACCACAGAGCCCAUGGAAACACACUUCUUAUUGGCUGACAACGUUUACUGCAAGGCCUCAGUGCCACCCACCGACAAAGUCUGCCUAUGGUUAGGGGCUAAUGUCAUGUUAGAGUACAACAUCGAUGAAGCUCAGGCUCUCCUAGAGAAGAACCUAUCCACAGCAUCCCGUAACCUAGAGACACUCGUGGACGACCUGGAUUUCCUGCGUGACCAGUUCACCACCAUUGAAGUCAACAUGGCACGAGUCUACAACUGGGACGUGAAGAGAAGGAGCAAAGAAAACCUCCUCAAAUCAGCAGAAAAGUCUUAAUAUCUGCGAGGACAGUGUCCACAUCCCCUCCUGCUAACUCUCUUCUCCUUAGUCAAGGGAAAACGACAGACCCCGUCUCCCAGGUCAUGUGUAUGUUCACCCCAGUGCUCGGCAGAUAGAGGGCAUGUGUGUUCGAUUUAACUUAAGAUUGUUUUGUAGAUUGUUUAAGUCUUGCACAGGUGCCACAUGUAAGUGAACGUCAUAAAUCUUUUUUGGAUUUUAAACAUGUCCUCUAUCAAGUCGAGCUCAAAACGUCCACCACUAUUUUGUGUUGAUUUGUUACUUUUUAAAGUAUUUUUUCAAGUAAAAACAAAACAAAGGCUCUGAAGCAAUUUUUGUAUUCUUUUUAUGUUCCCGUUAUUUUGUGGCAGAUUAUAAGCGAAGGUUCUCUUGCAUUGUCUUUUCCUUCCUGCAUAUUUUCCUCCUUACUAACCUGGCACUUUGGUUUUUCUCAGCCUGCAACAACCUCACAUGUAGGACUUCAGUUAUUGUAAGAAUGCAGUUGCCAUUAUACUAGUAUAAUCAGGCUUGUAGGGUGACAAAGAUCUCAGCAGAAGAGUUUUGACAUAAUUACAGGACUUUUAUGAGUUCAGAAGAAUCAGGUGUACUCUACUCCUCCUUUCACUUUUCACACCCGACCAUCUCUUCUCCUUUUCUUCACUCUCCUCCUCCUCCUCCUCAUCUCCCUUUUGACACUGGUCUGUCUGUGUUUAUUUGUCUUACUGUGUUCAUUAAACAAGAAUGAAGUAAAAGAAGAACAUUUGGACAAACAGAUGAGAUGUUGACCUGGUGCUCUGUGUGUUUAUUGUUUGAUGAAACUCAUAACAGACAGGGUUUUAUUAAAAAAAAAAA